UUUCGUGCAAUGAUGCAUACAAUGGAUCCACGGUAUAAAAUCCCCUCACGUCGUUUUUUCGCAGAGACAGUAAUACCAAAUCUGUACCAAAGCACCAAAACAACAGUACUGGAGUCGCUGAAAAAAGCAGGUAAAAUAGCAUUGACUUGUGAUGCCUGGACAUCUGUUGCUACGGAUUCGUACAUCACUGUAACAGCCCAUUAUAUCUCGGAUGACUGGCGGUUGUUGUCCCAUGUUUUGCAAACUAGGGCUGUCUACGAGAGUCACACAGGCUCUAAUAUAGCUGACCUAAUACAAAAAGUCGCUGAGGAAUGGCAGUUUCCCACGAGAGACUUGGUGUUAGUGACCGACAACGCAUCAAACAUGGUUGUUGCUGCUCAGCUGGGGGGAUUUGUGCAUGUGCGAUGUUAUGCACACACGCUAAACCUCGCGACUCAGCGAGCGCUCCGCUUGCCCUCUGUUGCCAGACUACUUGGGAAGAUUAGACGUAUUACUGCAUGUUUUCACCGCAGCCCCAUUGCAAAGCACCAGUUCGAGGAGAAGCAAAAGCUGUUAGGCCUGCCUCAUCACAUGCUAAAAACAGACGUCAUUACCAGGUGGAACAGUGCCCUAGACAUGGUGGACAGGUUUUUGGAGCAGCAGCCUGCAAUCUCUGCAGCUUUACUUUCUCAGCAGGUGAGAAGAGGAGAGGCAGACCUCUGCACUUUGAGUGAGCUGGACAUCUCUCAUGCAGAGGAUCUUGUAAAAGCCCUCAAGCCCCUAAAAGAUGCCACAACCCUCAUGUCAGAGGAGGGUAGCCCCACAGUAUCUUUGAUUGCACCCCUCCAUUCACAACUUAUUCAAGACACAAAAAUGACUGUAGGAGAUUCGCCUGUGACCAGAGAAAUCAAGCAGGCUGUCAAUACAGACUUAACUAAAAGAUACAACAGUGAGCAAGAGAAAAACACACUCCACUUGGCCUCCGCUCUGGACCCUCGCUUUAAGAGAUUGCCCUUCCUGACUGAGGAGGACAGAAAGGAAAUAUUCCGCAGAGUCACUGCUGAAGCUGCUGCUUUAGAGCAAAAUCAGGACAACGUAGAGGACGAGAACAACCUAGAGAAUGACACAAUGGAAGGGGACACCACAACCACGCUGGAGGAAGACACAGCCCCGCCUGCCACCAAGAAAUGAGUUUCGGCUUCUCUGCUCCAGAAUGUGUUGGGACAGACAUUUACUCACACCGAUGCUCAGCCA